UAAGUGAAAGUGUAGUGCUAUUAUUACAUAUCUUAUUUCUUCGAGUUCUUUAUACUGAUUUCGAUUUACGCUUGUGCUGUGUUUAUGUUCGGAGCGCGGCGCCUGCUGCGUCCGGCGUGUUGGAGGGACGUCGCCCUCGAAGAAUUCUUAUAGAGAUGAGGCGGAGGGCUGUCCGUGAGGGUGCGCAGGUGAGGUGAGACGGCGACACCGGGGAUGGAUCACGCGGUGAAGGCGAUGUCGGCGCGCGGGCCGCUAGCGCGAUUGCUCGCGCGCCGCCGCUUCGAGUCCGCUGAACUAGAGGAGCUGUACGCGCGCUACGCCUGCAAGCUGCAGCGUUCUUCGGUCGGCUCUGCGCUCGCUCUCUGGGCCGUGCUCGCCGCGGCGCUUGCAGGCGUGGACGCCACGCGCGGCUGGCGAAGAGCACCACAGGUGGGUGUGCUGAGUGCACACGCCGUACUAUGUGGCGGACUCGCGUGGUGGUGUGGUCGCGCGAGCGGCGUAUCGCCCGAGAGGCGCUUGCCUCGCGCCUGCUGGCUGGCUCUGGCGGGGGGCGGUACAGCCCUAGCUGCUACACUACCCGCUUGGAAUCCCGGUGCGGCGGCCGAGGGCGCGGCCCACGUAGUGUGGGCUGUAUUCGCCGCCUAUGCACUGCUGCCAGUAGGUGCACCUGUCGCAGCAGCUUUUGGCAUUCUGCUACCCACGGCACAUACCGUCGCGGCUGCGCUUGUGGCUCAUCGCUUCCCUUACCAUGUGUGGCAACAAAUCCUGGGUAACGUAGUGGUUUUCCUGUGCGUCAACGUGGUGGGUGCGUUGAUGCAUUCGCUUAUGGAAACAGCACAGAGGCGCGCUUUUCUCGACACGCGCAACUGCAUCGCAGCCAGACUCGACAUGGAAGACGAAAACGAAAAAUUGGAACGACUACUGCUAUCCGUGCUGCCGCAACACGUUGCUAUGGAAAUGAAAAAUGACAUAAUAUCGCCUGUCGAGGGACAGUUUCACAAAAUAUACAUUCAGAAGCAUGAACAAGUCAGCAUCCUGUUCGCGGAUAUUGUGGGCUUUACUGUUCUCGCAUCGCAGUGCAGUGCGCAGGAGUUGGUCCGCCUCCUCAACGAACUCUUCGGCAGAUUCGAUCAACUGGCAAAUGAUAACCACUGUCUCCGCAUCAAGAUCCUCGGCGACUGCUACUACUGCGUGUCGGGGCUGCCUGAGCCUCGCUCCGACCACGCGCGCUGUACUGUCGAGAUGGGCCUUGACAUGAUCGACGCCAUCGCGUAAGUUUCACUUGUAGCGACAUCUAUCUCGCGACAUACAAAAGUAAACAUACGAGAAAACUGACGUAUCCUAAAAAACAAAACAGACAUUUUUAACCUAUGAUAAAUAAUAAUAAUACUCUUUAUUGUAUACCAU